AUGCCGGUUGCCAUAACGACAGCCAAGAUGGCGGCGAUGGCGACUGGAGACGAGCAUGCUUCCUCUGAAGUUUUGAGAGGACUCGCCCGACAUUUAAAUUGUCUGAACGAAGACAACAAGGCGACAAGAAAAAGAGCUCUGGAGGCGAUCAAGAAGGAGACGGUUGAUAAAGGACUGUCCAGCAGCGCCUUACAGGAAGUCUUUUCUUCCCUCAUCAAGCCUCUCCUUAAAUGCCUGUCAGACCCAAUGGAAAGAUGCAGAGAAACUACUAUAGCGGUUUUGACAGAGUUUAUCCGAUGUGUCCCGAAGCCGGAGGAAUCGCUGCCUUAUCUCAUGCCCUGCUUGGCUCAGCGAUUUGGGGAGAAGGAGAUCCUGGAACCGGCGGAGGAACUUCGCCUGUCGGCCAUGGAAAUGCUAACUCUAAUAGUGGAAGUGUGCGGGAAGAAUUUAGCACCCUAUCUGAGCGAAGUGAUCAACAUACUGCAGAGAACCAUCGUAGACCCUUUCCCCGAUGUUAAACGUGAAAGCUGCAAGUGCACCGUGAACUUUGCGAAGUGUGUGCCAGAGCACUUUCACAUGCAAGCCGAGUGUCUCAUUAAGCCCCUCAUGUUGACAAUUGCUCAUCAGCACACUCGGGUACGGGUUUCUGUCGUCGAAGCCACUGGGGCGGUCAUUCAGCAUGGAAGUGGGAAAAAAGUGGAUGACGUGCUCUCUCACCUGGCGCAGAGACUGUUUGACGACUCCCCUCAGGUGAGAAAAGCUGUGACUGCAGUCGUCGGUGAUUGGCUGUUGCACUUCAGAGACAGAUAUUCUUAUUUUCACAAACUCAUCCCUCUCCUGCUCAGCACCAUCAAUGAUGAGAUCCCAGAAAUAAGACUUCUAGCCGUUGAUCUGUGGAAGCAGGUAGGCGCACAGUGGGAGAAGGAGAAUGAAGAUGACAUCAAGGACAAAAUGGACUUCCUUCUCACUCCACCUCCACAUUACUCAUCAGAAGUGGAGCGUCCAGGGUUAGGCUGCAGAGAGCUGGUUGUGAGAAAUCUGGGGAAGCUGGUACCGGCUAUCACACACGAUGUGACCGAUUGGCUGGUGCCAACGCGGGUUAAGACCUCUCAGCUUCUCUCAGUGCUGCUGCUCCACGCCGAGGACCAUUGCAUCCAGCACCUGCCGGCCCUAUUGGCGACCCUCUAUCGGGCCUGCACAGAUAGCGAGAGGGACGUAGUCAACAAUUGUCUGGCAGCUGCUAAACUGAUAGGGACCUUUGUCCCUCCACCUGUUUUCCUCAAACUGCUGCUGGAUCACGUGGCCAGCCCACACUCUUCCUCCCACCCUUGGGCCCCCCUCAUGGUCCUGGCUGCCGUGCUCGGAGGAUGCUCCAGGCCCCUCCUUAAACCACACAUCCAGCAGGUCGCCAACGCUCUGGCCCAGCCCGAUGUGUGCCAGGGAUAUCAACAGGUUAUGUACUUGGAGCAGUUGCUGGCGUGUGUGGAUGUGCUGCUGCAUCAGUGUGAGUCAGACUGCAGCUCAGGGAGCCUGCAGCUGCUCCAAGUGCUCAUCGCUGUCCAGAGCUUCUCCACUGAGCCACAGCUGAGCGAAAAGGCGUUGGAGAGUGUGCAGUUCUUGUGUAAGGUGCAGGGCUUGGACUCGGUGAUGGAGCUCUAUAGACAACAUAUGGGCCAGCUGCUGGACUGGCUGUCUGCCUCUGUCAACACCUGGUCCAGUUACUCCCCAGAGAGACUUCAGCUGCAUAUCGUAGUCAUACAAUCAGGUCCAGUGAUCGGCGAGUUUUUGAGCCAGUUAAUGCCUCUUCUCCAUAACUGCCUCCAACCAAACAGAGACCCAGAGAUGAGGAUGAGCAUCUUCACAAUGCUUGCAAAGUUGCUGCUGGAUGCAAACAAAACACUGGAUUCUCAGGGGCGUUUCCAUGACGAUUCAGAGAGGUUUCUGAGUGACAUCCUGCUUCCUAACCUGGUGUGGCACGCAGGCCGCAUCGCCGCUGCUGUCCGCACCUCUGCCCUCAGCUGUCUGCUGGCAGUGCUGCAUGGAGGUGCCAUCACACCUGGACAGCUGAUCAGUCUGGAGGAGAGGAUGCGUCCCCUGGUGUUGUCGGCCCUGGAGGAGGACUCUCAGAUGAGCCGACUGUUGGCUUGUCGCUGUCUGUGUGCCAUACUCAGACUCACAGGAACCAGUUUGCACCACGAGGCUCUCAAUAAGAUUUACCCUGAGCUUCUGAAGCGUCUGGAUGAUAGCAGCGAGGAGGUGCGCGGUGUGGCCCUGCAGGCUGUGGGGCUGUGGUUUUCCAGCCUGACCAAAGACUACAACCCUGUGCUCUGCGGUGCUCAUCUGCAGCUUCUCUUUCAGCAGCUGCUCCUGCACCUGGAUGACCCUGACAGUUCAGUGCAGGACCAAGUGCUCGAAAUCCUGAAGAAAGGCAGCUCGGUGCACCCUGCACUUCUGAAGGAGGAGGUGGAGGCUGUCCGGGACAAACAGAGAAGGCCUGUCUACUGCGAUCAGCUGCUCCAGCACAUCAGCUCACUGCCCACAGAGUCCACAGCAAGCUGCACGGAGUGACGCUGCACACGGAGAAACAGAGACAGAUGUUUGUGCCUUAACUGUGAAAAAAAGUGUUCACUUU